UGUAGGUGGGACUUAAUGCUUGGAGCAUGGACCUCGCUUUCUCUCUCGUCACUUUCUUCAACGCGCUAUCCCUCGGAGUCUUGGAGCGGUGCUGGUACAACCUGGAACUAAGCGGCUAACGGCAGCAUGAAUACAGGGUAACAUAUACUAUGCAUUCUAGAGAGGAGGACAAGCUUGGAGUACUGCUUUUGAACCAUUUCCACUUUGACGGAGUAUUUUUUUUCCCCUUCUUCUUCCUCAUCUGUGAAAUAGAUGGACAUUAGCGCAUUCGCAUCAAUUUGACAUACCUCCAUACAUUCACUCGCCCGCGCGCACACGCCACAUAAUUGCAUAUUCAGACGGUCUCCGAUUUGGAGGUUCAAAAACAUCUCAAGGAUAUUGUCCUAAUAAACGUUGAGUCAUGGAUUCAUUUUUUAUUCCACCACGAAUUUGCUGGUGGAGGGUAUUGUUUAUUUUGACCAUCUUUCAGGACUACUUGAGCAAUAUGCUGGACUGCCCGCCAACCUGCAGCUGUUCUCCAACUGAGAUCUAUUGCAAUAAGUCUGACAAUGGAAAAUUCUUUCCCCUGCUUGCACUGCAAGAUACUGGGAACAAUGGAAAUAACAGUAUCGAAGAUGUGUUCAAGAACAUCACCUCAAUACACAUUGAGAACUGGACUGGCCUGCAGACACUGAAAGAUGUGGACAUGGAGCUGUACACUGGACUUCAGAGACUAACAAUCAUGAACGGCAACCUGCGAGGUAUCCAGGCCAGAGCCUUCUCCCAGAACCCCCACCUGCGCUACAUAAACUUAUCGAAGAACCCUCUGACCACAUUAUCAUGGCAACUCUUCCAGAAUCUGCAACUCUUCGAGCUGAGGCUGGAAGAAGUGGUGUUUGAGUGUGGCUGUGAUAUCCGCUGGAUUCAGCUGUGGCAGCAGCGAGGGGAGGCUGGCCUGAACACCCAGCAACUCUUCUGCAACAACGGAGCCUCCAAGAUCCCUCUGCAGGCUAUGAAUAUCUCACUCUGUGACCUGCCGGACAUCAGUGUGACGCACUUUAACCUCACGGUUGUUGAGGGGGACAGAGUCACCGUCACCUGUAAUGGAUCUGGAUCCCCCCUACCUGAGGUGGACUGGACCGUCAAUGACCUCCACUCCAUCAAUACUCACCAGUCCAAUGUGUACUGGCCCAAUGUCCACUCCAUCAAUCUGACCCUGGUCAACGUGAGUCGUGAUGACAACUUCUACAUGCUGACCUGUAUAGCAGAGAACAAAGUGGGGAUGGCCAACACCUCCAUUCAGCUCACUGUCCAUUUCCCCCCCACCAUCCUGAAGCUGGAUGAGCCCGAGCGUCGCCAUGAAACCUGCAUAGAGUUCACUGUGCGUGGCAACCCCCAGCCCACCCUGCGCUGGUUCCACCGGGACAACGAGAUCUCCCCCAGUGACUAUAUCCGCACUGAAAUGGAUACCUACCAGGACUACCUAGAGGGAUGCCUCAACUUCAAGGACCCCACGCACCACAACAACGGCAACUACACUCUGGAGGCUAGCAACUUCCUAGGAGUCACCACCAAGACAGUGUAUGGACACUUCCUCAACGCCCCAUUUCCAGACGAUUAUGGUGAUUAUGGGACUCCUACACCGACCAUCACAGUAACACACAGGCCCGAGGAGGACACGUUCGGGGUGUCUAUUGCUGUGGGCCUGGCUGGAUUUGCCUGUGUCCUUCUUGUUGUCCUAUUUGUUCUCAUCAACAAAUAUGGACGGCGGUCAAAGUUUGGAAUGAAAGGACCAGUAGCAGUGAUCAGUGGUGAGGAAGACUCGGCUAGCCCUCUUCACCAUGUCAACCAUGGCAUCAUCACCCCCUGUACCCUUGACGCUGGGCCAGACGCUGUGGUCAUCGGGAUGACCCGUAUCCCUGUCAUUGAGAACCCGCAAUACUUCAGACACGGACACAACUGUAAUAAGCCUGCUACCUACGUGCAACACAUAAAGCGUCGGGACAUCAUUCUGAAGCGGGAACUGGGAGAGGGGGCCUUUGGGAAGGUGUUCCUGGCAGAGUGCUAUAACCUCAGCCCUACCAAGGACAAGAUGCUGGUGGCUGUCAAGACGCUGAAGGACCCCACCCUUGCAGCGAGAAAAGAUUUCCAGAGGGAGGCGGAACUAUUGACGAACCUGCAGCACGAGCACAUUGUCAAGUUCUACGGUGUGUGUGUGGAUGGAGACCCCCUCAUCAUGGUCUUUGAGUACAUGAAGCACGGAGACCUCAAUAAGUUCCUCAGAGCUCAUGGGCCUGAUGCGUUGAUCCUGGUUGACGGACAGUCGCUGCAGACCAAUGGGGAGCUGGGACUGUCUCAGAUGCUGCACAUUGCCACUCAGAUUGCCGCAGGGAUGAUGUACCUGGCCUCCCAGCACUUUGUGCACCGUGACUUAGCCACUCGGAACUGCCUGGUGGGCAACGGCCUGCUGGUUAAGAUUGGUGACUUUGGAAUGUCCAGGGACAUUUACAGCACAGAUUACUACAGGGUGGGAGGCCACACCAUGCUGCCCAUCCGCUGGAUGCCCCCUGAGAGCAUAAUGUAUAGGAAGUUCACCACAGAGAGCGACGUGUGGAGCUUCGGUGUCAUCCUCUGGGAGAUCUUCACCUACGGGAAGCAGCCAUGGUUUCAACUGGCCAACAACGAGGUCAUCGAGUGUAUUACGCAAGGACGAGUUUUGGAGAGGCCACGAGCUUGUCCCAAGGAGGUGUAUGACAUCAUGUUGGGUUGCUGGCAGAGGGAGCCCCAGCAGAGGCUGAACAUCAAGGACAUCCAGAAAAUCCUUUAUGCCUUGGGCAAAGCCACACCUGUCUACCUGGACAUCCUGGGCUAGUGUACGUUGAGUUUUGUCUAUCUGUCUGUUUUGUUGUCUGUCUCUACCCAACAGAUGAACAAAAACCCAGGAAUAACUCAAACAACGAGUACCUUAUUGCUCCACUGGCAAACACCUACAAAAUGGGGAUGGACUUAAGUGCCUGCUACUCCUUUCGAUACACUGGAUAACAGUCUUAAAAAAAAGCACUUUUACAUUUUGUUUACCUGCAUUCAAAAAUGUACAGUUGCUGUAUACUAUAUGAAGAGGACAUACUUAAGUUUUUCGUAAAAACAGCCAACUUAAAGUAUCACAAAAAAAACAAAAACAAAAAACAGGAAGAAAACCACCAAAAAAACCACCAAAAAAAAUCCAUAAAAAAAAGCUGAAAACCCUGGAAAUUUGUUUUGCUUUUGGGAUCCUGCCAUCUUGACAGAAGAUUUCUUUUUCCUUUUAUAAAUAUAUAUUAUAUAUAUUUUUAAUUUAUUUUUAUUUUCAAAGUGUGGAUAUCUGCCAUGUUUCUCGCUAAAGGUACGGUAUGUCACAUGUUGGAGAUGACUGGCUGAUAUUGGCAAGUCAGACAAUUGGCAGGGACUUAUUAAAGUAGGCCUUACUGCACUCUGAUUGGCUAGAUCUAUUCUCUGACUCUGGAUCCAACGAGGCGCUUAGUUACUGAUGGGAAACAGCUUUUCAAUGAGACGUGGAACUCAUAGAAAAGACAGAGCCACCAAUCAACACAGACAUCUUAAUUUAAAAUUGAAUGUAUAUACUGUACAUUUCUAUGUCACAAAAAUAUGUUAACUUAUUUCAUUUCCUAUUUAGACUAUUUUAGUUUCUUGAUGUGUUGUUAUGGUGAGUGAAUUCUAUAGAUAUUUUGAUAAUCUUUCAUUUUUUGUUACUAUGUUAUUUCUGUUGGUUUUAAUGAAUUUCAUCUACUUUAUUUAGGCUUAUCAUUUUGAACAUGUGAUUAUAAUGUGACAUUGUGAGUCAGGAUGUUAGGCUGUGACAUGAAGAGGAUUUAGACUCAGUAGAGGAAUCAGGACAGACUUUCAGCAAGAUGCAUACAGUAAAGUAGAAAGUGAUUAUGAAGAUCUUACAUAGCCCCCCCACUCCCUCUCAUCCCAGCUCAUUGUUUUGUUCUUUCAGUGUAAUCUAGUAAUCGUCAUGUAUCUCAUGUACAGUACAUCUAGCCAGAGCAAAGAGCUAUAGCUAUGAUAUUGCAUUAUUAGCUGUCAGUUGCUGUCUCCUAAAAAGUAAUUUUUUAUGACAUUGUAGUAUACUUCAUCUUGUUUUCCAGGUUGUGAAUAAUGUUAUUCAACUGCCUUCACAUAGUCAUGACCCUGACGCUUCAAUUCUGGCAGUUUAUACAAUAGGCAAUGUAUUACUGGACAUUAUACACAUUGUAACACUAUACAUUCACAUAAUAGCAGUACCUUCCUCUCAUUUUCCAUACUCUAAACACUUAGAUUCAAGUUAAAGCAUUCAUCUGAUGCAGGCUUGAGAAUGUGUUCUUCUCUCAAUGUGCACAAGGUUCCAUUAAGCAAACGAUCCUUUAAGUUCCCCAGCUCUCCCAAUGUUAAACAAUAGCAAACUUGGCAAAACACAGUCACGUGAAUUAUUCAUUAAGUAGUAAUGAUAGAGCACUCUGUAGCUAUGGGGGCUGUUUGAAACAUUGCACUGUGAUGACAAACACUGGGGCUUUGGGAGAAAGUGCUCUCUCUCUCCUCUCUCCUUCUCUCUCUCGCUGCUACUGCUUUUGCUGAGUAAUGUGAAUCAUUCAAGCUUGUGUUUGGUCUCAGUAACACCCCAAUGAUACAUCCAUAAUUAUUCAAUGCUGAGCCAUACUGGCACCAUGUUUUGCCUAUCUGCAUUUUCUUUAACAAGGAGAGAUAUUAUUUUGUGAUCAUUUUCAUAUGAACAUUUAUGUACACAAUCAUUUGUCUACUUCAACAAACAUGUAUUUUAAAAGCUUCAAUAUUAAUUAUCUGGUCAAAACGUACAAUUAAUGUACUUUUAUUUUAAUUAAAAGUUCCUUCAUGUUAGAAUGGCGACACACUCAAUGUUUUCUCAUAUUUUUUUGCAAGUACUUCAAAAGUAGCUUUUCCAUUUUCUGCCUACUUAUCACAACAUCGCAAAAACUCUUCUUCGCCUUAAUCUCUGAGUUCACAUCUGCAAAGUUUCUGAGGUGCAUCCGACUAUAGGAAUGGAAAGUGACUGGAACAUUUGUAAUCUGGUCUCUUAGUUUAUUCCUUCUCUUCAUAUUUUGUCUCUGUAUGACAGAGCGCGGAGGGGGGAUUGCAGAAGCUUUCCACGACAGUGGUGUGACUCCGACAUGGUUAUGUGCGAUAAGAUGCCACUUCUUUUAAUAUUCCUGUCUGUCUUCAGGCCUGCUGCUGCCUACUGUCUGCAUUGACUGACUGUCUGCAUUGACUGACUGUCUGCAUUCAAUAACUUCACAAUGCACCUGCAUGCAUCCUGAUCUCCCAGGCAAAGUAAACGAGGAGAUUUCUCCUGGUAGUGCUCCACACAACCCUAUCCUGCUCCUUCCUGUGAUUGAAGCUCCGCUAGUUAACAACUCUGCCCUCUUCCUUUCCUAACAACUCCUCCAUGGAUGAGUGCACAAAUCCAGCUCAAAUAGAGGUUCAAAUAGAGGCACACUUUACGAACUCGUUAUAAUUUAAAGAAAAAAACAUAGGGUGACUUUUACUCAUCAAAUGGAGUGGACAGAGCCCAUUCAUGCCGGAUUAGGUCCUAAUUGGAAGGAAACAGACAAAUGUCACUUCUGAGGAUGUUACAAAAAGAUCCUAUAGGAACCAACAGACUCAGAGACAUGUUUAUCAACAGUCUGCACAACACUAGGUUGAAAAUGUUUACAAGUAUAGUAAACUUUGAGGAAAGGAACAUUUAGGCAUUGGUGUUACAAGGCGAAGACAUUUCUAAUAACAUAAAGAACACUACACAUUGAUGGUCUCAUAUAGUAUUAUUUUCAGUCAUUCACAUUAGAUAGUUUCAUUACAGUAUUUGAUACUGAAUCACUGAAAUAAAAAAUGUUGACAUUUACGUUAGCCCCCUGAUAGCCCCCUCAUAGCCCUCUCAUAGCCCCCUGAUAGCCCCCUCAUAGCCCUCUCAUAGCCCCCUGAUAGCCACCUCAUAGCCCUCAUAGCCCCCUCAUAGCCCUCUUAUUGCCCCUCAUAGCCCUCUUACUGCCCAUCAUAGCCCCCUCAUAUCCCACUCAUUGCCCUCUUAUAGCCCUCUUAUAGCCCCCCUCAUAGCCCUCUUAUAGCCCCCUCAUAUCCCACUCAUAGCCCUCUUAUAGCCCCCUCAUAGCCCUCUUAUAGCCCCCCUCAUAGCCCUCUUAUAGCCCCCCUCAUAGCCCUCAUAGCCCCCUCAUAUCCCCCUCAUAGCCCUCUUACUGCCCCUCAUAGCCCCCUCAUAUCCCUCUUAUAACCCCCUCAUAUCCCCCUUAUAGCCCCCUCAUAGCCCCCUCAUAUCCCUCUUAUAACCCCCUCAUAUCCCCCUCAUAGCCCCCUCAUAUCCCACUCAUAGCCCUCUUAUAGCCUCCUCAUAGCCUCCUUGACUGUACUGUAUCAAUCCCAGUGUAGGGGACAGGGUGUUCUCUGGAGGUGUUGGGAGUGGGACAUCACAACUCCUGUCACUGUAUCCUCAAGAUUACUCCCAUCAUUAGGUGUGUGAUUGUGACAGAAAGGCCACCGCCAGAGCCAAGCAUUAACCCCAUUUACCUUGUCAAUGACACAUGGACAGAGUAUGCUUUAGUACUGAUGGUAGCAGCAAGCGGGGGGGAAGACGGUGGAUGGGGGACUUUCAGAGGGCUAUUGAGGGGAGAGAGUGAGCGUUGGAGGGCAACGUGUCUUUAUGUGAAGUCUAUUUAUUAUUUAUCCCCCUGAGCCAUCAGAGAGGAAAUAGAUGAAUUAGUUGUUUCUAAGAAUACCAGAGAUGGCCUGAGAUGGUGUGUGACUGAGUAGAGAGAUCAUCCAGGGAGAGUGACAGGGAAGAGGUGGAAAGUGGGGCAAAGGUUGCAGCUCACUCUAACCAGUACACCUUGCAGACAAGGGGGGAAAUGACCAAUGAAAUGAGUUUUUGGCCCCAGCUUUAAGAUAUCCCUUCCAUUUGAUGGCCAUGCUGUGGGUAAUCCCUGCAGGUCAGAAGCUAUGGAGAGGAGGGCAGAGCAGAGCUUUGAUGGUGCAAGGUCAUAUGCUUGCAUGUUUUAGCACAGGGACAUAGCCGUGGGAAUUAGGGGUGCUGUAGCACCCCCUGAAAAAUCGUAAUAAAAAAAUAUAUGAAUACAAAUACAAAUUUUUAUCAAAUAAAAUCUCACAAAAGUUGUACACUGGGCCUUUAUUAGUCCUGUAUUAGCGGACCGAUACAGCUGUCUGUAGCGCGAACAGGGUAAAAAUCAUAAUAUCCCCACCCCCAAACAUCUUCCCGUGGCUAUGCAUAGUGCUGUCUAUUGGCCAGAGCAGAACAGAGCAGAUAGGAGAGCAGAACAGAGCAGAUAGGAGAGCAGAACAGAGCAGAUAGGAGAGCAGAACAGAGCAGAUAGGAGAGCAGAACAGAGCAGAUAGGAGAGCAGAAUAGAGCAGAUAGGAGAGCAGAAUAGAGCAGAUAGGAGAGCAGAACAGAGCAGAUAGGAGAGCAGAACAGAGCAGAUAGGAGAGCAGAACAGAGCAGAUAGGAGAGCAGAACAGAGCAGAUAGGAGAGCAGAACAGAGCAGAUAGGAGAGCAGAACAGAGCAGAUAGGAGAGCAGAACAGAGCAGAUAGGAGAGCAGAACAGAGCAGAUAGGAGAGCAGAUAGGAGAGCAGAUAGGAGAGCAGAUAGGAGAGCAGAACAGAGCAGAUAGGAGAGCAGAACAGAGCAGAUAGGAGAGCAGAACAGAGCAGGCUGCCGGUGUCCUGUUAGAGCUUCUGCAGUGAAGAGGCUGACGAUUGAUGAGGGGUUUAAGACCUUAAUCAUGAUGGGGAGGAGGGAGGAGUGAGGAGGGAAGCAGGAAAGCGGAACAUUGCAGUUGAAAUGAGCUCUCUUUGAGCACUUCAUAACCCAGGGGCUUGUGGAGCUAGGCUGCUACACCACAGACACACACGGCCUGCAUGCCUGCCUGAGCACUCCUCUGCUAUCUCCAAUAGUCCCCAUACACACAGCUGGAACUGCAAGCUUACACCAGAAACAUAGUCUAAGAUACUUUCUUGUUGCCAGCUUAUCAAGUUUUGCUGCUACGUUCAUAGUUUUCAAUAAGGUAAUGUUACUGAAUUGUGGACAGGAUGAAUAUCUUAUGCGCUAUGGAGUCAGCAUAAGUGCUGGUGUUGCAGAACAGCCAUCCAACAAACAACAGGUAGUUAUCCUCUCUCUGCUUCCCUGCAUAAUUAAUAUUUUUUGACUUACCUUCAAAGCAUUUAAUAAAACAUUCUCUGUCUGAUUUUAGAAACACCUGUUCAUUUAUGAGACUAGAAACCAGCAGUUACCCCUCUUAUCUUGGAGACUUCAGUAAAACUGUACAGGUUCAGGAGAUAGGUAUUUUGAAGAACAGCUCAAAUAAGAUUUUGUGAUGCCAUCUUCUGUCCGAUGUUAGUCCUAUAACAGAUAACUAUGACAGUUGUCUCAUAAGCAGUUUUGUACUGAUUUACCUUGACUUUGCAUGUUGUGUUUUUAUGGGCCUAGCUUGUUUGAAGGAAUUAGCCAAUCACAGUUGAUCCGACUGUUGUCCUAGAUGCAUUCAGACACAGCAUUGAUACCACAUGCAUCAUACAAUGACAAAACACGAGAAAAUCCUGCCAUAUACAGUGAUGCAUACGUCCACAAAAAUGGCAAGCCCGACUCCAUUUCCUGGAGGGAGGGAUGAAAUUGACUGCAGCGUUAAGACUUCAGACAGGAUGUCACCCAGGAGCAAUCUCCUCCGCUGUCAGCAGACUUUGACAUCUAGAUUAACCUUGAUGCUGAACAUUUUCUGAUGGAGUCUCAUUGGAAUGCAAAAAGCAUCUCCAGCCCUCCAAUCCAGGGCUCUGACUGCACUGGCCACCCUCCCAUCCACCUACCUCCUUGCCUCGCAUCCCCCCUGUGCUUAGCCUAAAGAUUACGACCUUACGGUCGCUGUAAGUACAUCUUCCCUGUAAGGUCAGAACGGCAGGCUGAUCAGGACACAAUGAAGCCGGCGUGAUAUAUCGCUCGGAAAACAUACAUCAAUCCACGGAUUGGAGAUGGUGCUGUACACCUAAUUAUCCCAUUAUCCAAAAUGAUACAUUGAGAAGAUUUAAAUACUGCUAGUUUUUAAUGAAACUUCCUUUUUCGUCAGCAUGCUAGCUAAUACUAAAGCAACCCAUUGGAUUCCACAACACUUCUGGUAGUUACUCACCCAAACGCUAGGCGUCACAUUUUCAUGGAAUCCAAUGGGCUGCUAUAGCAUUAGCUAGCCUAUCAUUCUGACGACAACAUCAGUUUAACAAAAAAUGUGCAGUAUUCCAAACUUCUCGAUUCAACGUUCAUCAUUUCAGGAUAGUUAGGAGUACAGCGACAGGUACAUUUUUCCAGCCAUAUACCGCGCUGGGCUCCACAUUCUGGCAUAGAACUGUUCCGAAGAGGUAGAAGAAAUGAACUACAUUCGCAAAAUCUUAUGGCUAUCCUGUGCUCUGCCCUCUCCCUCUCUCUGUGUGCGUGCGUGUAUGCACCUCUCUAUGGGAGAUGUUGUUUGUGCUCACUGAGUGGGAGGUGAUGUUGGAGUGCUGGAACAGAAGCACUGAACAAACACUGAUCCAGCCCACCUCUCCUCCCCUGCCUCUUCCUGGCUGGCUGCUCCAGUGGGAAGGGUUGAGCCAGAGGGUCAGUGCCUAUAGCUGUGUUUAGGGCUCUGCCUGCUCCUCUCUCUCUGUUGACUACAGGGCCAAUAGUUUCUCUGUUUUUUUCCACCACAGAGAGAGGAUGUUAAGCUAUUACACCACAGAAGAAUGAGUGUCAGUUAGAGCAGAGAGAGAAGGGGAGAGCGAGAUCUUAAAACCUGCUUUACUGUGUCUUCAAUCUAUUAUUCAGUCCUCUUUCUCUGUUGGUCAGCUUGCAGAGGACCUUCAUGUUUUCAGUAUGAUUACAACCAGGAGUGUCUUUAUUUAUAUGGUCUUCACCUUUAAUUUGUUUGCUUAACAGUCGGCCCCGCACUAAGCGCUGCUUUGAAGUUUAACUUCUAAUUGCAAUACCUACUGUGAGAGGAGCGUCUGGCCGUUUCAAGAAUAGAACAGUCUCUGAUUAUUGUGUCAAUUCAUGGGCUGUAACAGCAGGAUCAAAGAUACAACUAACCCCCGCUUCAGCUCACAGAGUAAAUAUUCUAGUUUGUUUUGAGAAGUAAGUCACUGUUUUUUUUCAUUAUCUUAUGCUGCCUGUAGUCCCUUGCUGUUGUAGACUAGAUGUGCUAUUGUAGACUGUAUUGGGAGAGGAUAUGGCUAGGGAUCUUAGGCAGGGCACAUAGUGUCUGACCUUUUCCACUCAAGCUGCACUGAGAUGCUUCCUGCUUGGGGCUGAUAGCAAUGGGGGUUUCAUUAAACCUCCUCAUCUCAGUCCUAGUGAGGCCACUAGAUGUAACUAAACCCCAGAUAGAUACCAUUUCUCUCUACCCGUCCACAAAACCCUCAAAUCACAGGAACAGUGGGAGGUCUGUUGAAUAUAAACUCAGCAAAAAAAGAAAUGUCCUUUUUUCAGGACCCUGUCUUUCAAAGAUAAUUCGUAAAAAUCCAAAUAAAUUCACAGAUCUUCAUUGUAAAGGGUUUAAACACUGUGUCCCAUGCUUGUUUAAUGAACCAUAAACAAUUAAUGAACAUGUACCUGUGGAACGGUCAUUAAAACAAAAACAGCUUACAGACGGUAAGCAAUUAAGGUCACAGUUAUGAAAGCUUAGGACACUAAAGAGGCCUUUCUACUGACUCUGAAAAACACCAAAAGAAAGAUGCCCAGGGUCCCUGCUCAUCUGCAUGAAUGUGCCUUAGGCAUGCUGCAAGGAGGCAUGAGGACUGCAGAUGUGGCCAGGGUAAUAAAUUGCAAUGUCCGUGCUGUAAGACGCCUAAGACAGCCCUACAGGGAGACAGGACAGAUGAUCGUCCUCACAGUGACUGACCACAUGUAACAACACCUGCACAGGAUCGGUACAUCCGAACAUCACACAGGCGGGACUGGUACAGGAUGGCAACAACAACUGCCGAGUUACACCAGGAACGCACAAUCCCUCCAUCAGUGCUCAGACUGUUCGCAAUAGGCUAAGAGAGGCUGGACUGAGGGCUUGUAGGUCUGUUGUAAGGCAGGUCCUCUCCAGACAUCACCGGCAACAACGUUGCCUAUGGGCACAAGCCCACCGUUGCUGGACCAGACAGGACUGGCAAAAAGUGUUUCUCUUUACUGAUGAGUCGCGAUUUUGUCUCACCAGGGGUGAUGGUCGGAUUCGCGUUUAUCGUAAAAGGAAUGAGUGUUACACCGAGGCCUGUACUCUGGAGCGUGAUCGAUUUGGAGGUGGAGGGUCCGUCAUGGUCUGGGGCGGUGUGUCACAGCAUCCUCGGACUGAGCUUGUUGUCAUUGCAGACAAUCUCAACGCUGUGUAUUACAGGGAAGACAUCCUCCUCCCUCAUGUGGUACCCUUCCUGCAGGCUCAUCCUGACAUGACCCUCCAGCAUGACAAUGCCACCAGCCAUACUGCUCGUUCUGUGCGUGAUUUCCUGCAAGACAGGAAUGUCAGUGUUCUGCCAUGGCCAGCGAAGAGCACGGAUCUCAAUUCCAUUGAGCACGUCUGGGACCUGUUGGAUUGGAGGGUGAGGGCUAGGGCCAUUCCCCACAUAAAUGUCCGGGAACUUGCAGGUGCCUUGGUGGAAGAGUGGGGUAACAUCUCACAAUAAGAACUGGCAAAUCUGGUUCAGUCCAUGAGGAGGAGAUGCACUGCAGUACUUAAUGCAGCUGGUGGCCACACCAGAUACUGACUGUUACUUUUGACCCCCCCUUUGUUUAGGGACACAUUAUUCAAUUUUUGUUAGUCACAUGUCUGUUGAAUCUUGUUAUGUUCAUACAAAUAUGUACACAUGUUAAGUUUGCUGAAAAUAAACGCAGUUGACAGUGAGAGGACGUUUCUUUUUUUGCUGAGUUUACAUUGCUGCAAAAUAACACAAUUAAGCCAAAGCCAUAAAAGAAAGUCCACAUUUCGUAGCACACUCACUGUUUGUUGAUGAUGAGAGCAUUUUAUUAUUUUUUUGUGUUGGAUUGAGGGAGUGGCAGACACUGCUGUAAUGUUUCAGAAUAAGGAUGAAGUACAGUACGGUGGUAAAUAGCAUGCUUCCUGAUUCUCCAUUAGCAUCUGUGCUAAGGAGAUAGAGGGUGGCCCUCCUCAGAGGCAGGCACCCGCACUGACACCAUGCAGACAGGCCUGGUUAGAAGCUGCCAGCAGGGACAGAAGGACCAGACAGGCAUAGAGAGAGAGAGAGAGAUGGAGGCUCUGACACAUUCAGAUCUGACACUAUUAGCCUCAUUGCAUGCAUGACAUUUUGAAAACCUAACUCUUUCUUUUAUACACCGUAACUAUACUUCCUUCUGAUACACGUCCAUGCAUUUUCAUCACAAUAUGGUAUUCAGGUUGGUUGUUUUGGGAAAGGCUGUGGGUAGCCUGAUAUAGAGCCUGAUAUAGAGGCCUGAUAUAGAGGCUAUAGAAUGUUCAAGGUUAGGGUAUAUAGCAGUGUUUCCCAACUGGCGGCAGGUGAUGUUAUUUGCCCCCCCCCCCCCCUAAGUUAUUUCAAUUUUGGAUAUCUAUUCCAAAGUAUUCCCACGCGUAAUAGAGAGGUUUGAAAUUAUUCUGUUUUAGUUCAAUACUAUGUCCGUUUGUGCCUCUUGUGGUCAAUUUGCAGUUUACACAUGAUUUGUAAUUAUGUUCUGGCCCCUUGACCAUCUGAUUCAAGAAGAAAUUAGCCCACGACUGAAUCUAGUUGAUGAUCCCUGGUAUAUAGUGUGAGUGAUUUCAUUUUCCAAUGGAAAUGGUACUCUGGAAUCUAGAUCACUCUGUGUGUGUGUGUGUGUGUGUGUGUGUGUGUGUGUGUGUGUGUGUGUGUGUGUGUGUGUGUGUGUGUGUGUGUGUGUGUGUGUGUGUGUGUGUGUGUGUGUUAUUAGUUUGUACAUGGGCCUACUGCCUCUGCUGAGCGGACACAGUGUGUCAUCCAUUCUAUGUCAUCCACUCUGUCCUUUCUAGUCCCACCUUUUUUACUGAUCAGACUAAGGCUGCCAAGCGUUUGAUUGAUUUUAUUAGGCAGAGAGAACAUAGCAAAGCUCCACAUUUUUACAUUUCACUCAGAAAAAAUGCCUCUCACCACCCUAGCAGUAGCAGGGCUUUCAUCCACAAAGGAGCCUAUCCAGGAAACCCUACAAAGCCGUCAGCGUGCACGGCACAAUGCUUUCCGCUUUGAAGCCAGCUAAACCUGUCUGAGAGGUUGUGAGCAUCAGGACAAGUCCAGACACAGACAGCACAGUAUAUCAUCUCAUCCUAACACCAUGGCACAGCCUUACUGAUUCCAUCAUUGCUUUAUUCUCUAACAAAGCAAAGCAGAGCAGACCGCCUCAAAUCAGUCUGUCCAGCCUGUCUAGAUACAUGUGUGUCUGCUGGGUGACAUGCUGUGCCAGUCUCAGUGCCAACCCAUCAGGGUUCCUGCCAACCUCUAGAAAGGAGGUAGUAGCUGGAGGGCAAAAGAGGAAAGGUAGAUCAAACUAAGAGAGACGCGACAGGACUCAGUUUCCCAUGAACAAUAUGAUGAAUCACAAUUCAGAUAAAUGUUGGUGGGAGAGAAAUAUAUUACAGUGUUAUGUACAAUGUUUUUACAGCACUGGCAAUGCAUAACUGAGGUCACCCAACCAUGGGGAUACGAUUAUUGUAUUGAUUAGAGUUGGAGAUACAACUCUCCAUCGGAUGAAACAAACUAUAUCAGAUACAUUGUAUAAAGGAGCAAAAAUACAAUAAAAACAACCAAAAAAACUAUACGUUAUACUAUCCAUGUAGUAGGCUUCAUACGCUACUAUACUGUACACACCAACACUUUUCCAUAGCUUCUUGAUCUUAAUAAUAUAUUUAUCUUCCAGUAAAUAUUUCCUAUGAAAUAUGGUGCAAUAUUUAAAUGUUUGAAGCAGUUGUAUGUUGCCAUAACUACUGUAUAAGAGUGUUGUUCCCUGUGCGACUAUUUCUCCACCUGGGAUUAACUGAAGAGCUGUGACUGGAGGAAUUGAGUCAAGGUUUUAUGGAAAUGUCUCUCUAUCUCUGUGUGACGAGUACUUUGUGUUUUCAUUUCCAUCAAGCUAUGUACGGUUGAAAUAAUAACUUUGUGACGCCCUCUGGCAUCAUUGGUAAUGUAUUUUUCACAUGAGAAGUCUUAGCUAAGCGCUGAUUCUGCUAUUUCUCUUUAGUAUUUUUCUCUCUAUCUCUCGAUGUGUCCAACCCUUGUUAGAGUGAUUAGGGGGAAAAGGUGUGAAUUUAACUCAUGGUUCCUCUGUUUGUAAGCCAUCUUUAAUCCAUUGUGUUCUGUUUACUUAUCAUCUAUAAACUAAAAACAGCUGUAAUUAAGUAUGUAUCCAACAAUGAUUUAUGUAGACCUAUUCUAUAAAUAAAUCAAAACCACAAAACUCCAA